AUGAAACGAGUCAUUCAAAAUUACCUCGCUGUGGCACCAUCCACUUUAAAGAAGGUGCAAACUUCAGGUGUUGCAUCAUCUCUUCUUCAAAGAAUGUCUUUCUGUACAACUUCUCGCAUCAUGAAUAAUGACAAUAACACAACAAUAACACCUCAACAACAAUAUGAACGUUUUAGACAAACAAUCAAACCUCUCAAAAAGAAGGAAGCCUACAAACAAUUUAUCGAAGUUGAAAAUACAAAAGUUGAAGAUAUAUCCUUGACGAACUUGAAACUUCCAAUGCCACUCAAAAAGAAGAGAAGAGUUGGUAGAGGUACUGGUUCUGGAAGAGGAAAGACUUGCGGUAGAGGUAGAGGUGGUCUUUACUCUCGUAAUGGUAUUAAUCUUCCUGUUGGUUUUGAAGGUGGUCAAACUCCAUUGUGGCGUCGUGUUCCAAAAUAUGGUUUCCGUAAUGGUAAAUUCAAACUCAACUAUCAAGAAGUUAACUUGGAACAAAUACAAUUCCUCAUCGAUUCUGGACGUAUUGACAUUAGUCAAGGUGCCACAAUAACUAUGAGAACAUUGAAGGAAGCAGGAUUGAUUAAAAAUCCAAAGUAUCCUGGAAUUAAAUUACUCGCUAAAGGAAAGGAAUUUUUACGUUCAAAGAUUGAUAUUGAAGUACCAAGAGCAUCUAAGGAAGCUAUCAAGGCCAUUGAAAGUGUAGGCGGUUCUGUUCGUUCGAUUUACUACAAUAAGAAGAGUAUUCAAGUAAUGUUGAACUUUGAAAAGUUUAUCCAACAAAAAGGCCAUUUAUUAUCGGAUGAAGAAAAGAGUAAUCCACAAUUGAUUUAUAAGAAAUAUAUGGGUUUACCACCUCCAAAACUUUUGAGUUUCUAUAUGGAAGAAGCUAAUAGGGGAUAUCUUGCACCUUUUGCCAAGGCUUCUUCGUUUGAAUUUUAUAAUGACGAACAAAAACAACAAUAAAUGUUAAAUAGAAUAAAUUGUUGGAU